UCGUUGAGUACCGUAUAAUAAUAAAAUUAUACAUGUAUCUAGAUCUAUUGGUGACAUACGUUUCCAGCUAUACCAAAGUGCAGUAACAUUUUCGAGAAAGGAUUUUUAUAAUAACAUUGGUAGCCUAGCUGACGAGAUGUCUUUUAACAACACUGAACAAAUAGGAAGCACUUGGUCCCUGGACAGUGGGCUUCCCAUAUCAAGAGAAAACUCCCCAUGUCUUCAGCACAGUCGCCACCCCCAGCAGCCUCUCAUCAUUGAGGCGGGAAUACUGCCUGUAGGCAACCACAUCUCAGACGCAGUGGUUGCAACUUUUGAAGGAGAGGAAAACAGACAAUCUCAGCACAAGUGGCUGAUUGAAAAUGGCCAGCGUAUUGGCAGCGUCACUGUACAAGCCUUACACUUACAGACACCUGACAACGGACAAAGACCACUAUGCAACGGACACGGUUUACCUAUAAGCCCGCCCGAUCCAAAGUUUAAAAUCGUUGUGAAGAAUUUGGCGGGCAAGUCAUUCAAACCAUGGGUUAAGUCGACAGAUACCGUUCUGCAUCUGAAGGAACUCGCAAACCAGCAGUGGGGAAUUGAUAGGGACCAACAGAUACAUGUACAACUUGUCUAUGGAGGACAUAAAUUGGAGGACGACAAGACACUUGGAUACUAUGAUAUGAGGGACACUGACGGCGAAGUGCAACUGAUAACAAGACUGAGAGGCGGAUAAAUGCCCAUUCAUUUUGGUCACCUGCCUCAACUAUGCUUAUUGUGUGAAAGACCUUUCUUAUCCAGGCAAUCACAUUAUAUUAAAAAUGUCUCCUGAAAAUAAU